GCUGUGGGUUUUUGCUGUUUUUGCUGUUGCUGCUGUGGACAAUCAUCCGGAUUUGGAUCGAUUCGGAUAUCGCUCGUUGUCGGCUGUUUGUUGCUGUGGAUGAGUACUUACUUGGACUUGCUUUUGAAACUUUGUGCAACAUUGAGUCGAAAGUCAUGCCGCUGAUAGGAUCCAUCGAAGCGUUUAUCCCUGGUUCCACCAGUUUUGGGCAGUAUGUGGAACAAAUUGAGUGGAUUUUUAGGAUUAACAAAAUUCCUCAGGAGGAAAAGCUAGCUUAUUUUCUUGGGUUAUGCGGACGAGAAACUUUCAGUGAGCUCAAACUUUUACACCCUGGUGUUGAUCUCGCGACGUUGACUUACGAUGCAAUGAUCGAUUCCUUAAAACGCCGCUUUGACAAAGCUGAUACUGAUAUGUUUCAGCGAUACAAAUUUUACAAUAUGGUGCAGGGAGAAUCGGAAACCGCGGAGGAUUUCAUAUUGAAAGUCAAGCUCCAAGCAGAAAGUUGCGAAUUUGGCGCCUUUAAAGAAACGGCCAUAAGGGAUAAGCUAGUUAUGGGAGUUUUAGACAAGCAGAUUCAACAACGAUUGAUUGAAGAAGAGGAUUUGACUUUGGCCAAGGUUGAGAAACUUAUUGUUACCCGGGAGUCAGCGGGAGUUCGAACGCGGAUGAUGAACGAUAACAAUUUGACUAUUGUAGCCAAAUUGGAAGAUAGCAAACGGAAGGUCUAUAGUUCUGGUCGAUCUAGAAGCAAAGAGAGGAGGAACAAAUACAAUAGAGAUUUUAGUAGUGAUCAUAGUAGAAGCCGUAGUAGAUCAUCUCCAACUCCUAGAAAAGCGUAUCUAUGCAGUUAUUGUAAUAAGAAAGGCCACACUAAAAAGUAUUGUUUUGAGCUGAAACGAAAGAAGAAGUUGCAUGUAAAAUUUGUUGAAGCAUCCCCAGUGCGAAAGGCUGCUUGCCCAGAUUAUUUCAAACGAUUCAGGGAAGAUCCCAAAGACAGCGAAUCUGGAUCUGAGGAAAAUUGCAUGAAAAUAUCAUCAAUUAAAAAAAUUAAUGAACCAUGUUUCGUAGAACCUGUAAUUGAACAAAUUAAAAUGCGGAUGGAGGUAGAUUGCGGUUCGGCAGUAAGCGUCAUUGAUGAAUGUGAUUUCCGUGACUAUUUUGGUUAUUUGCCUGUGGAGAGAUACGAGAAUAAACUUGUGGUAGUAGACGGUGCAAAUCUGGAGGUUUUCGGAUCUGUUAAAGUCACAGUGAAAGCGAAUGGCAUUUGUGCCCAUCAGUUGGAAUUGAUCAUUUUGAGAAAUGCCAAGCGUCUACGCAGAAUAGUCCCGCUAUUUGGAAGAAAAUGGUUGGAUUAUUUCUACCCGGAAUGGCGUAAACCCUUUUCAAUGGAUAGAGUCAAUCAAGUAAUGGAUAGUGCUGAAAACCAGAUAGAAAAUACAGUGGAAGAUAUACAGCGUUUCCCUCGGUGGUCGUCUACUCUCCGCGCACCGGCAGCAGCUGCGUAUGACAGAGGAACCGUCAUUUCGAAAAGCUAGUUCAGUUUUGUUCGAUUGCGACGCAUUUCAUCGCCCUGCAGACCAUGAUUCACCCAGCUUUACCACAGCACAGCAAGCUCAGUCGGACGAAGAGGAUUUUUACGGUUUUGUAUCGGAUUCUAAUUUAUUCGAUGCGCCCACUUAUUUCAAAACUUUUGAAUCCUCAUCAUCGAGAUCAGCACCAAGCUCAACGAAUAAUGAUACUGCAAAAGUGUUUUCAGAACAAGUUAAAACCAGAAAAAGAAAACAUUUGGAAACGCCAGUUAGGCGAUCGAAAAGAAUUAGAUGCUCUAAGCAGAAUUCAGAAUUUGUUUAUUUUUAGACUUAAGUUAAAAAUGUUUACCUAAGUAUAUUCAAAAUUAAAGGGGAAAGAAUUGUAGGUUUCGACCAUGUAGGCUAAACCCCUCCGUUAAUUGAGCACACGAAGUGAACUCGAAGCAUUCAGUGAGUGCCGUAGAAUAGAUAUAAAAGAGCUCUGAAUAAACCAGCUGAUCGUUGUUUAUACCUGAUACCUAAUCAGUGUUCUUGCUUAUUAGCUCCGUGAUAAGAAAUUCCCCGAUCUUAAAAGUGGCAAAUAAAAAAAAUCACAAAUUUACACAACUUACAUAGCGAGUGUAUUGUUUACAUGUGAACAGAACCGAAACAUUAUUAUUACUUACUAAGUAAUUCUUACUUGAUACUUGAUAGGCUACAGCUCUUCAUCGAUUGGCCUACACCGAAUGGAUUUUUUUUUCACUGUAGUAUACUGGUAUAGGUACUUCCACGAAGC